ACAACCAAACAACCAUCAAAACAGUCAUCACCACCAUCAUCAAAACUGUUAACACAGCGGCGGCGGCGGCGGCGGCAAACGUCACCCUCCGGCCAAGGCGUCCGCCUAAAGGGAUGGUUUUCUCGGCGGAGCAGCUCUUUGCCGACCACCUUCUUCACUCGUGCUGAGCAGGAUUUUUGGCUCUCCGGGGUUCGGGCUGGGAGCAGCUUCAUGACUACGCGGAGCGGGAGAGCGGCCACACCAUGCGAGCACAAAUUGAAGUGAUACCAUGCAAAAUUUGUGGCGAUAAGUCCUCCGGGAUCCACUACGGAGUGAUCACGUGUGAAGGCUGCAAGGGAUUCUUUAGGAGGAGCCAACAAAACAAUGCCUCUUACUCCUGCCCACGGCAGAGAAACUGUUUAAUCGACAGAACCAACAGAAACCGUUGCCAGCACUGCCGACUGCAAAAGUGUCUUGCCCUAGGAAUGUCGAGAGAUGCUGUGAAGUUCGGCAGGAUGUCCAAGAAGCAGCGGGACAGCCUGUAUGCGGAGGUGCAGAAGCACCAGCAGCGGCUGCAGGAGCAGCGGCAGCAGCAGAGCGGGGAGGCCGAGGCGCUGGCCAGGGUGUACGGCGGUGGCCUCAGCAACGGCCUCGGCAGCCUGAGCGGCGAGGCGGGGGGCGCUUACGCCAACGGACACGUCAUCGACCUGCCCAAGUCCGAGGGUUACUACAGCGUGGAUUCCGGCCAGCCGUCCCCGGAUCAAUCUGGACUUGACAUGACUGGAAUCAAACAGAUAAAGCAAGAACCCAUCUACGACCUCACGUCCGUACCCAACUUGUUUACCUAUAGCUCUUUCAACAACGGGCAGCUAGCGCCAGGGAUCACGAUGACCGAAAUCGAUCGAAUCGCACAGAACAUCAUCAAGUCCCACCUGGAGACGUGUCAGUACACCAUGGAGGAGCUACACCAGCUGGCGUGGCAGACCCACACCUAUGAAGAAAUUAAAGCCUAUCAGAGCAAGUCCAGGGAAGCGCUGUGGCAGCAGUGCGCCAUCCAGAUCACUCACGCCAUCCAGUACGUGGUGGAGUUCGCGAAGCGGAUCACGGGCUUCAUGGAGCUCUGUCAGAACGAUCAGAUUCUACUUCUCAAGUCAGGUUGCUUGGAAGUGGUUUUAGUGAGAAUGUGCCGUGCCUUCAACCCAUUAAACAACACUGUCCUGUUUGAAGGAAAAUACGGAGGAAUGCAGAUGUUCAAGGCCUUAGGUUCCGAUGACCUAGUGAAUGAAGCAUUUGACUUUGCAAAGAAUUUGUGUUCCUUGCAGCUGACUGAGGAGGAGAUUGCUUUGUUCUCAUCUGCUGUUCUGAUAUCUCCAGACCGAGCCUGGCUGAUAGAACCAAGGAAGGUCCAGAAGCUUCAGGAAAAAAUUUAUUUUGCACUUCAGCACGUGAUUCAGAAGAAUCACCUGGAUGAUGAGACUUUGGCAAAGUUAAUAGCCAAGAUCCCCACCAUCACGGCGGUCUGCAACUUGCACGGGGAGAAGCUGCAGGUAUUCAAACAAUCACAUCCAGACAUAGUGAACACCCUCUUUCCUCCAUUAUACAAGGAGCUCUUUAAUCCUGACUGUGCCACCGUCUGCAAAUGAAGGCGACCAGAGGACUGUCUCCUAGUCACGGAAUGCAUCACCAUUAAGACAAAAGCAAUGUGUUCAUGAAGACUUAAGAAAAAUGUCUACUGCAACAUUAGGAAUGUCCUGCACUUAAUAGAAUUAUUUUUCACCGCUACAGUUUGAAGAAUGUAAAUAUGCACCUGAGUGGGGCUCUUUUAUUUGUUUGUUUGUUUUUGAAAUGACCAUAAAUAUACAACUAGAGGACACUGGGUGUUAUCUUUUUUUUUUUAAUUUUAUUUUAUUCGGGUAUGUUUUGGGAGACAACUGUUUAUAGAAUUUUAUUGUAGAUAUAUACGAGAACAGAGCGGUACUUUACAUGAUUACUUUUCCUGUUAAUUGUUCAAAUAUAAUUUAAGAAAACUCCACUGAAUAGGCUUACCUAUUUCUAUGUUUUUAGAUAGUUGAUGCAUGUGAAAAUUUGUAGCUGUCUUGAAAAGCACUGUGCAGGUACGUAAUAAGUAUAUAAUAUCCGAGAAUAUUAUAUAUGAUUAUUACUUACACCUGCACGUGCACUGUGGCUUAAAACACCAUACCCACUAGUGAAGGAGGUUCAAUCAGGCUCUCUCUUAUUAUUUCCCUUCUGUGUUACCUUUAUGUUAGACAAUCAGGAUUUUGUUUUCCCAGCCAGACUUUUCAGCUGUCGUCUACAGCAGGAUGGUCCCGAUUCAGAGAUAAGUCUGUGAAGGAACAAACAUAACACCCAGCCUCUGAGUAAGAACUCUAGCUCUCUUAGUGACAUCAAAGCCUUGUCAGGAUGGUAAAUAUUGGGGUGGGGGGGGAGUAUUUGGAGCCAUUUUCCUGUUUUUAAGAAUUAGGCCACAGAUAAUAUUGUGGAGUCCAGAACUUUUUUUAACCAAACAAUCACUGUUUCCUAUUUUUCACCAGCACACGCAAAACACUUUUGUUUUUUCUUUGGAUUUUAGGCUGGGAAAGAAACUGAUUUUGGUGCUCAUUGUAUCUUCAGCAGAGAAACGCAGUCUGUAGGUUUGAUCACCAGCAAUUUUUUCUAAUAAAAUAAGAGUCACGGCAGAAAUCAGAAGCCAGGGUCCAGAUGCCAUUUCAUGUCAACAUGUCCUCUCUAACCUGUUCUGUUUUGGUUUGGGUUUUUUUUGGUUUUUUGUUUUUUGGUGUGGUUUUUUUUGUUUGUUUGUUUUUUGUUUUGGCAAAGAAGAGGUAGGAAAGAGCACCUACAAAGUAAAGAAGUAGUUCUUUAGAUGCAUUCCCUUUGCCAAGUUUGUUAGAAAAAGCAGCAAUAAAGGGGAAGGCAGGAUUUUAUAUGUCCUUCUAGUGUGGGGCCUCUAAUUUCUCAACUCCAAAAUGCUACACUGUAUGCACAGAGCAAGAACUCGACAGAUAAGGAAAACGCAUCUGAGUUAUUCUGUACAACUAAUACACCCCAAAGCCAAAACUAUUUCCCAUGUGGUUUGAAAUCGCAUCAUCCAUCUAGCCUGGGCUUACUUUUUUUUUUUUUUUUAAGCAACUUGCAAAGCACAGAGUGCAAAAGGCAAGACAAAGCUUAGUGAAUUCAGACUUCCUAGGACAAGCCUCCCCUCUCCACCUGCUCUCCAGCCGAGUGCCAGGAAAGCAUAAACCCCAAGCAGCUUGUUCUGCUUGGGCUCUGGAGGCCGGAUGUCUUGGGUCUUAGUGGAUCCAAAACAAGAGUUCUUAAAAAUGAAGCUAGAACCGGGCUUUGUGUAGAAGACAAUGACAUGCACCAUCUCCCGGAAGCGUAGCCCAGCUGCAGCUCUCGAGGCCCCGCCCUCUCCUCCUCGGCAAACGCACCCGCACGCAUGCGCGCACACUUGCUUUGAAAAGUUUCCAUCAGUGGAAACUUUGAUUUCCUUUUCAUCUCCAGCGCUCUCCUAAAGUGACACGGUCUUGAGAGCCAUCUCCGCGAUGCCACCGCACCCCUCCUUGAUGAUCAGACGGUAGCGCUAGUCUUUUCUUCUAGAAAACAGAGCCUUUUCCCACCUCAUGAUUGAUGAAUUCCAAACCAAUGGGGAAAAACAAAAAGGCUUUAAAAUAAUGACUCUCUUUCUCAACUACUGUUAUAUUCAAUUAAUUUAACUACAUUGAACCAAAUUACCUUCGGUGUCUAAGAAGACAGCUGCGCACUGCGUGUUAUGCUGCUGCAGGGACUUGGUUGUUUCUGGUGUAAAUGUCACUCCUGCUAGCUCUUUGUAUAAAGAAUUAAUUCCAAGAGUCAUAUUUCCUUCUAAUGGAAAGAUUACUUUACUGAUUGCUAGGAAAACAGGGUAAUGGAAGGCGCUCAAUUAAGCCAAGCCGUUUCCAAAUGCAAUGUAUGUUUUAUGAUUGGCUUGUGAUAGGCAACGCUUAAUGUGUCUACUUGGUGUUUCCCUUUGAGCUUUGAACUUAUGUCAAACUUUGCUUUCAUCGUUCUGUCGGCCUCGUGUUUUCCGUUGUUGGCCUAUAAUUCCUGCUCCGUUGCAAAGGGAAUCAUUUGUUCCCUUCGGUCUACCUUUGAGGAUUUAAAUUGGCUCAAUUGAUGAAGUGGCUGAGAAUUUUUUCCUCCCUCGUCCCAUGGGCGAUGUAGGAAAAGGAUUAUUUCCCACAUGUGCCUCAGGAGGUACCAGAUUUGAAUUUGUUUGUCAUUUCUACCAGUGCGAGCAUUUCACUGGGACGGCAGGAACCUUUUGAAGUGAGGGCACAGGAAACAGCUAGCGACUGAACAAGAACAAAACAGUGGCAACCAGUACACGCUCAGGCCACUUCAGCUCAGAAGAGAGAUUUCCAUUUUGCGCCCCAGUUGCCAAAUCUGUCCCUGAAAAGAGAACCAGGUCUUAUCUUCGGUGGCGACAUACGCCUUUCCAAGAUGCCUUUUGAACAUCUCCUAUGACCACAUCUCAAGGUAUUUUGAAAUUUGGUUGAGAAAACUUUGUGUACCACACGCAAUUUUUGUCCCUUCCCUGCGAAGACGCGCAGGGGUUCCCACCACCUUCACGAUACAAUGCACACUGGACCAGAGAACCCACCAUCUGUACUCUUCCCUUCAUGCUUCGUAAAUGACAAUCACUGCUUGAUGCAGAUAUUGCACUGUACCCACUCAGGGAUGUUUCAUUAAAAAAAAAAAAUACAUCAGGGGGGGGGAAUAAAACAGGAAAAUGACAACAAAAUGUAAACGGCAUAAAUUAGAUAUGCCAAUAAGAGAACCUCUCUGACAAGGCUUUCAGAACAGUAAGCAGUACCUUCGUGUCGUUAACUGUGUGGACUUGAUGGAAAGUUGCACACGAGUAAGGACAACUCGGUCUCAUUUUCUAAAAUCUGCUAAGAGCCAAAUAAUCGAGCUGCCCUAUUAACAGGAAUAUGUGUCUCCCGAGCAAACCCAAGCUUCCUACACAGGUCCUGAGCGGGGAGAAUACAGAAAUCUAAGUGGGGUUAGCGGACUCUGCCAGGGGAGGUAAAGCUGUGUGAAUUCAAAUUCUGGCGUAUCUGUGAUCUGGAAGAGGAAAGGCAAAUUUUGGAGGGAAUAUAGGAGAAGAAAGAAUACCAGAUCUGGCUUAGUCCACCACACUUGGGUGUCCACAACUUGGGUCAUCUUAGUAUCCCUAAUUCUGUGACCCCCCCGCCCCGCCGCAGAGAAUG